CUCCUUUUUCUUGUUGCAGUCAAAGAUCUCCCAGAGGCAGCAGCGCAUGAUAAAGAACCGCGAGUCGGCGUCCAUGUCUCGGAAAAAGAAGAAAGACUAUCUGCUCACGCUGGAAGGUCGCCUGAAAUUUGCGCUGUAUGAGAAUGAGUCGCUCAAGAGUGAGAAUGGCAAUCUGAAGAGGCAGCUGGAGGGCAUACUGAGUGAGAACACGGUCCUGAAGGUGACGGCGCCCAAGAGGAGAGCCGUGUGUCUCAUGGCGGUGUUGGUGUUCGUCAUGCUUAACGUGGGACCAAUGAGUCUGUUUCAGGGUGGCCCUGGCUCAAAGCUCAGAGAUGUGUCCCUGCAGCAAGGCGGCAGACACCUGUUGGCUUUCUCCUCGGAGGCAGAAACUGAGGCUGGGAUGGACCCCGAUUCUCUCGGCCCUGGCCCCUCUGAGACGGGCGACAG